GGACCUACAAUGACAAAUUGAAAAGAGGGAUGAGCGCCAUGUCUGAUCCUCCGGUUGUGAAUUAGAGAACCGGACACCUAAACGUUCAAAUCCUGGGUCGGGGAUCCCGUUUGAGCUCGGUAUCAAGGAUGUCCGAGAGCGCGGGGAUUCAACAGGGUUCCCCGGCCAUAGGUGCGGCCGGCUCGGCUCCGGCCGGUCCAGGAUCCGGAGGAACGGAGAGCUCGGGCACCGCUGUAGGAUCUGCACGUAUCGCCGUAAAGAAGGCGCAGCUCCGCUCCUCCCCGCGUCCAAAGAAGCUGGAAAAACUCGGAGUGUAUUCGUCCUGCAAAGCUGAGGGUGCCUGUAAGUGUAAUGGCUGGAAGAACCAGAACCCACCUCCAACACCGCCUCGCACGGACCAAAAUCUCAACACUGUCAACCUUCAAGAUCCCUGUCGAAGCUGCUCCCACACCUUGGGCGACCAUGUGACCCACCUUGAGAAUGUGUCAGAGGAGGAGAUGAACAGACUUCUCGGCAUAGUCCUGGAUGUGGAGUACCUCUACACCUGUGUCCACAAGGAGGAAGAUGCAGACACCAAACAAGUCUACUUCUCCCUCUUCAAACUCCUGAGGAAAUGCAUCCUCCAGAUGGGCAAACCCAUGGUGGAAGCACGAGAGAGCCCUCCCUUUGAGAAACCCAGCAUCGAACAGGGUGUGAAUAACUUUGUCCAGUACAAGUUCAGCCACCUCCCGUCUAAGGAGCGGCAGACCAUCGUGGAGCUGGCCAAGAUGUUCCUCAACCAGAUCAACUACUGGCAGCUGGAGACGCCCUCGCAGAGACGCCAAAGAGCGCCCGCCGACGACAUGGCCGGCUACAAAGGCAACUACACCAGGUGGCUGUGCUACUGCAACGUUCCUCAGUUCUGUGACAGUCUGCCACGGUACGAGACCACGCAGAUCUUCGGCAGGACGCUGCUGCGCUCCGUGUUCACUGUGAUGAGGAAGCAGCUGCUGGAACAAGCCCGGCAGGAGAAGGACAAGCUGCCCCCUGAGAAGCGCACGCUCAUCCUCACGCACUUCCCAAAAUUUCUGUCGAUGCUGGAAGAAGAGGUGUAUAGCCACAGCUCUCCUAUCUGGAGCGAGGACUUCUUGGCUGGUUCUUCAGGAGGACAGAUCCCCGUCCACACUGUGAUCAGCGCGCCCCCGGUGGCCAGGCCCCUGUACUACAGCCCCAGCCCAGUGUCAGUGGACCCGUCUAGUUGUGGCAGUGUCAGUCCUGCUAGGAAGACUGCCUCUGUCCUGGAUCCUAGUCCAGGGGGUGAGAAGCGGAAACCGUCGGAGCCCCUCCCCCACGAUGACAGCAAGAGGCCCAGGAUCGUGGGUGACAUCCCCAUGGAACUCAUCAACGAAGUCAUGGCAACCAUCACCGACCCUGGUGCCGUACCAGAGACCAGCCUGCUGUCGGCCCACUCAGCGAGGGACGAGGCAGCCCGCCUGGAGGAGCGGCGGGGCGUGAUCGAGUUCCACGUGAUCGGCAACUCGCUCAACCAGAAGCCCAACAAGAGGAUCCUGAUGUGGCUGGUGGGCCUCCAGAAUGUCUUCUCCCACCAGCUCCCCCGCAUGCCCAAGGAGUAUAUCACACGCCUGGUCUUCGACCCGAAGCACAAAACGUUAUCGCUGAUCAAAGAUGGCCGUGUCAUCGGAGGGAUCUGCUUCCGCAUGUUUCCAUCGCAGGGUUUUACAGAGAUUGUCUUCUGUGCUGUCACCUCCAAUGAACAGGUCAAGGGGUACGGCACUCACCUAAUGAACCACCUGAAGGAAUACCACAUCAAGCAUGACAUCCUCAAUUUCUUGACUUAUGCAGACGAGUACGCCAUUGGCUACUUCAAGAAGCAGGGGUUCUCGAAAGAUAUCAAGGUCCCAAAGGCCAAGUAUGUGGGCUACAUUAAGGACUAUGAGGGCGCCACUCUGAUGGGCUGUGAGCUGAACCCAAGCAUCCCCUACACAGAGUUCUCUGUCAUCAUCAAGAAACAGAAAGAGAUCAUUAAGAAGCUGAUAGAGAGGAAACAGGCUCAGAUCAGAAAGGUCUACCCUGGACUUUCCUGUUUUAAGGAAGGAGUUAGGCAGAUUCCUAUCGAGAGCAUUCCUGGGAUACGUGAAACUGGCUGGAAACCUGUAGGCAAAGGGAAGGAGCUUAAAGACCCAGACCAACUGUAUAGCACCCUAAAGACCAUCCUGCAACACGUGAAGAGUCACCCGAACGCCUGGCCGUUUAUGGAGCCUGUAAAAAAAACAGAAGCCCCUGGUUAUUACCAAGUGAUCCGCUUCCCUAUGGAUCUGAAGACCAUGACGGAGCGACUGAAGAGCAGGUACUACACCACGCGCAAGCUUUUCAUGGCCGACAUGCAGCGCAUCUUUACCAACUGUCGCGAGUAUAACCCGCCCGAGAGUGAGUACUACAAGUGUGCCAACCUACUGGAGAAGUUCUUCUACACCAAGAUCAAGGAGGCAGGCCUCAUAGAGAAAUAGGACUGGUUUAGCCAGGAGCUGGGGCACGGUGAGAGGAUGCACAAGGUGUAAGAGCAUAGUGCUUUUCGUUCUUUUUCCAGCGUGUUUUUGGUGAUCGAUCGAAGAAAGGAUUCCUUGUGAGAGUGGACCCUUUUCUUGUCAGUAGAAUAGAUAUAUAUAGGAAGGAGAGUUUGGGAUUUACCGGCCUGUUUUUCUGCUACUUCUCUGUUCCUCUGCUGUCAAUCUGUCUGCCCUUAAGUUUUGGUUCUGCCUCUGCCUCUCUUGCUCCCUCUGCCUCAAUGUUGACUGAGGUCAUCAAUGCCAUACACUCAUGUACCCUACCUGAGCAGUUUUAAAAGUCUUGCCUGUGAAGAACUGGACCGAGAGAUGGGGAGAAUGGGAUUCUUUCUGACUGGUGUUGCAGUAAUUCUUAAAUUUGACUGUUUAUGUUUGUGUCUUACUCGACACGUCAGCUAGUACACGCAUGAUACCAUGUGUGACACAUGUCCCUGUCGACAAGAUCAAGUUUGUUUAACUAGAGUUCAUCCUGCCAAAACAAGGAAAAACAUGUAAUUUUAAACCUGUACAAAUUUUAACUCUUUUUAAAGCUCCUUAAUUACUUAAUGUAUAUUUUCAAUUUAUAUAUUUUUUGUUUCUGAAUUCAGAGAAUGGGAAGCUGAUUUUCUCAAAGCUACCCAGCUUAAUGUCUUGUCUAAAGCCCCAUAGGGGGUGAGUUGACCAUCAAAAUGCACUUAUUUAUUUUUCAAGCAAGUAUUCAACAUCAAUUAUGAGCAAAUGAAGGCAUCUUGUAACUUAUGAAGGUGCUGGUUUAGAGAAAUAUACGCUAUCAACUAAUGGCUAAUUUAAGUCUGUAGAGUUUAUUCUUAUUUAUGUGCUGUAAUUUAAAGGAAUAAUGCUCAAGAAAGUCUUAAUUUAUUCUUAUUUUGUCCAACCGAUGGAGAUUGAUACAUUUGUACUUUGGAGAUAAAGAUUGUGCAAUACUAUGUAGUUUUGCUGUUUUGUAAAAAUAUGUUUGUACUUUUAAAACUUUAGGAAAAGAUCUGGAUUUUGUAAUAUGUCUAAAAGAGUUAUUUCAUGACCUUUGUACUAUUGGUAUUAAUUACACAUUAAUAACCUAUUUUAUAGACUGAAUAAAAUAGAGGGGAAUCGUGA